GUGACUACUGCUUAGUUGAUUAGUGCGCUUGUGUAUGUGCAUGAAUGUGUGUGUUUGUGUGUGUAUGUGUGUUGUAUGUGGAUAUCCCAUAUUCUACUAUAUAUGUGUUUAAAAUUAGUCUAAAGUCUGAUAAGUCGUAUUGCAUCACUGCAUUCAAUUGAGUCAAUAAGAUGUUCAGUGCGCUGCAUAAAUUUUAUGAAUGCAUUAUUUUGAAGAAAAUAACCAUUUGGGAAAUACUUUUUGCUCAUAGUGAUACAUGCGAUCGUGACGGUAGAGAAAUUUAAGCCCAUUGCACAUAAGACUUGGUAAAAUAAAAUGUCUCGUUUUGAUAAGAGUUUAUUUACUCAAUACCAACACAAGCAGCGUAUCGCCAAGUGUUUGUUUUUAGAUCUUGCUCGAGACGAUGCGAUAGCGCGUGGACGAAAGACUUCAACGAGGUUUACAGCCAGCAACAUUAGGUACAGUAUCGUACUGGUUUGAACAAAACGACUGUCCUCGUUUCUUUUCCAAAUCUCUUCGAAAUGAAUCUGGAAGUAUUAUCUCCAGUAUUAACUCUCACUGGUUUGAAUAUAGCGCAAUAUUGUUCAAACAACAUUUUCUACAAAAACGAACAAAGAAUCGGUGAACAAAAUCGUUUCACACAACGACUACACUUAUAACGAGUAAUAUUAAUAUAUUGACCUUCUUGGCGUAUAGAGCAGAAGUAACGAAAAGAAGCAAACGCCGAACGGUUGGUGGCGGCCCGGUUUUGUUUUUAAUCAUUCAAGCAUUGCAUAUGGAUAUGUUUGUGCUCUCGGCUGGGGCGGGAAUGUAUCAAGCAUCGAACCGCGCCUUCCACAUCGUAUGCAUGCUUUCCAGAGCUACAAUAUUGCGCGUGUCAUUUUUAUUUUUCUUCUUUCAAUCGUUAAAUCAGUACGCUUCAAACCCAAGAAUAUCUUUGCCAGACGCGGCAACAGUGUUCGUUCCAUCGUUGGCUACUGAAUAGAUGCGUUUCCUGAACGGGCGGGCAUGGUCGCUUCUUCUCUCUGUAGGAGGUUUGCGAGAGGCAACACAAACUAUAUUGGCCUCCCCUGAAGCUUCGGUUUUCACUACCACCAUAAACUGCGUUUUCAGCUCGAACUGAACAAACGGGUGGAGUUCGAAAUGAUGGUUUCCUUUUUGCUGACCUCAGUCAGACGCCAGCGUAUGCCACACCAGAUCUUUAGCGCUACGACCGAAGCGGGAUGUUGGCACUCGAACGCAAAAGAACAGUCGCGUAAGAUCUCUUCCAGAACACACGCAAUAACAUUUUGGGAGAGAAACGAAUCAGAUCGUUUUGUUUUUCAUCGCGAGUGUAUACGUCUUAGGUUGAUGUUUUGUUCAUAUUGCUCCCACUACAUGUUUCCUACUCGCUCGUGCCUCACUGCAGUAGCAGAUAAAUCCAAAAGAUCUUGCAUUUGUUAUCGUCCAUUGAAGGCAAAGAUUUCAACGAUGUCCACCAGAGAAACCCUACCUCCAUGGCGGAUCGCUGCGCAAACACAUCGAAAGGGAAAGAUGAGAUGAUCUAGCUACCGGAAAUAAAGCAUAGCCGAGGGGUUAGGACUGCAUUCUGAAACAGAAACACCAAAUGUGCGACACAGAUGUGGGUUCGCGUAGCAAACGAUGUGAAAUGGAAGAGAAUAAAUGUUUGCCAGCAGCCGAAAGCCGGGCGCGUAUGGCAUAGCGAUAUAGAGACGAAAGAAUGGUCCUCAUGGAUGAAAGGGAAACAAGAUAGAGAGUAGGAUAGAUUGCAAGAAAGGAUGUCGUCACGCGUUGGCACGUGUGUUGCGUUUAUUGUGUUGGUGUAUUUUGACUGCACAAUUGUGUAGAGCAGGGGUCUCCACACUUUUCAGCUCGCGGACCGUAUUGCUUCAAAAAUAACUACGUUAAGGGACAUUUGACGCUACCUUCAACUAAUGGGUCAACGUUUAAAUCUAGUUUUUAUAACAAAAUACUAACGAGACUUUUACCGCUUCGUAUUACUACAGCUUGGUUUUUGUGUAAGAAAAGUAAAAAAAAUACAAUUUUAUUCAAAAAAGUCAAAAUAAUAUGAUAUUUAUUUUAAACUUUCACAAGUUCGUCGUGGGCCGCAGUUUAGGCUCUCAAGGGCCGUAGUUUGGAGACGCCUGGUGCGUAGAGCAUUAUAUGUAUCUGAUCUGAUCUGAUGUAUAGAUCGAUUCACUAAUGAUCGACGAAUAUGACAAUGAUCAACAUGAUCAAUCGUUUGUAUCCUUCUAUUUGAAUACUAUUUUCUACUAGUGAACAUAACACACAUUCAAAGAGAAGCGUGUUACGCAUCGUAAACAUUGGAAAUUUUAAAUUUAGGGUUGUUUGCUUGAGCUAAUGCAUAGGCCACAGUAUGGGGUUCCAGCUUGAAAUCGUGUUGAGGUUAUUCCUUGCGCUAAGGGAAUGUUUUCAUAUUUUAAUUCAAGGGGUCGUUUUAUAUAUGUGUGUCUGUGUGUGUGUGCGUAAAAUGUAUUUAAAUGUGUUAAUGUAAUCGUAAGCAUGUCGUCUAGAUUAUGUGACGAAUGGGUCAAUGCAGUUGAAAUCUCCGCCAAUUUCUUAGUUCAUGAAUAGAACACGAACCCGAUAAUUCAUUUUUCUCUAUGUGGUUCAAACCAUGUACAGUUUGUGUACAAUGAACGAACCAUUGGAUCUGCUUUUUCGGUGACUUCUUUACGUCUCCGCCAUGGAACCGAUCAUGUUGAACGUGACAUUUUAUGGAUGAGGGUGUUUUCCUUUAUGUUAAUAGCUGGUAUGGUAUAGAAUUUGUUUAUUCAGCUUAUCUGAACAAUCUUUUAUAGUUUACAUCACUGUAUUCGAUUGCUGUGAACGGGCUCGAAAUGAUCAGAUCGAUGCUAGUGUAGAAAUAAAAUAAAAUAAAAGAAGGUUGCCUGUUGCUGCCAAACGAUGUGGUGUUUAGCCUGAUAAUCCUUACGGCUACAAAAGGUAACUGUAUGCAAAAGAGUAUUAGUUAUAGUUGUUGCUUGUUGUUGGUAUGCGAGACAAUAUGCUUAGCUCAAUGCUUUUCGUUCAUUAUGCACUCGUUUCAGUCUACUAACAAUAAUUUCUAUUCAUUUUCACAGCUCUCACGAAGCAUUGACAAUGUAAGUGUGGUCAUUGCGCAUGGUAAUAGCCUAUAUUGAGCAGUCUUUAAAGGAAGGAAGAAAGAAAGGAAUAUUACGCGGCAACGGAUGGUAAUACAGGUCACCAAAUGGGUCAAAACGGUUAAAGGCCAAUCGUUGCGAUCUGAUCGAGACGAAACGUGUAGAAAACAAACGAACCGGCAGUCGUUGAAAUGUGAUGCAUGCAUAAUAUCUAGCUAACCUCGUUCAUCGACACCGAGAACAGCGCCGGAAACAACAAUUGGUGUGACUUAGUCAUCGAGAAGCGCAUUUGGAAGCAAAGCAAAGCAGCGCCAAAAGAACAUAACAACCAAUGUUUAGUCAAAUGGUUGUAACCGCGUAGAAUGUAGAACAAGUCCGUUAAAUAUUAGAAAUGGCAUCGUACCUAGCACACGGUGUGCCUUUGUAUGUAUAAACCAUUGUAUUUCUUAACGCCUUAAGCCUAGUGGUGUGUGCAAACUGGUGCCAUAGCAAGCGCGCCCAAAAGACCAUGUGUUAGUGUUAUAGCGCCAUAUGUGAUCUCUUCCUUUCUGAUGGUGGUGGUGGUGGUGGUGGUAUUCUAUUAGGUGCAUUUCUUAAACUAACGCUGCUGAUGGUGAAGGUGAUACGGCUCUUAUCAGUAAGCUCGAAGCUCUUUCCACUAACACGCUAACGCGGUGGACACUCUUACUUGGUGGUGGUGAAAUAUAUUUGUGUUACUAACGAAACUCAACAAUUUCGAAAACGAACUACGUGUACGUGUAUGCAUCGAUCGCCUAUUAACACGAUUCGAUAAAACACAAACUUCUCUCCCCGGGAGAGCAGCUCGAACGAAGCGACAUCGCGUCGUGUUUGUUUCUUGUGAGUUUGCGAUAGUUAAUAGCGACGUGAAGUAUACCGAUUACAAACCCGGCGUACGAAGGGUGCACACUGUUCAGCCAAGAGUGGUUAUCGUGCGAAACGAUGAAGAAAUCAACGCGACAAACUCGAAUGUCCCGAUACGUGGGGAAGCAUUCGCCCAAAAUCGCAUCUCCAGAAGAAAGCAACAAUAAUAUCAACAACAGCAAGAACCCGAUCGAAACCGUCCCGAAGGUAAUCAGCGGUGAUGAAGUGAUGAGCGAUCUCCCUUCGUACAUUGUGGAAAAACCGAUUGGAUACGACGAAUCAUCCGCGGAUGAUGAGGAGGAUGACAAGUCGAUAGUGAAGAAACUAGUAAAUGCGUCUGUUGAUGCCGGCGAGGGACGAGACGGUGCAGAGUCCGGUAGUGGCACUGAUGCGUCCGCAUCAUCGACCGGUGGGUCUUCGUCAUCGAAACGUGGCCGAAAGCGUCGUGAACGGAAGCUGUAUCAGUGCGAGGUGUGUCAAAAGGACUUCAUGGGCACCAACGAUUUGCGCAAACAUUUGCGAAUACAUAACGACGAACGGCCGUACCCGUGUCCACACUGCAAGAACCGCUUCCGGCAGGCAGGGUGCCUGAAGAAUCACAUCGCCUCGCAACACGGCACGGACGAGCAGUAUACUUGCGACCUGUGCGGCAAAUCAUUCCCGAUCAAAGAGCGUUUACGGUUGCACAUGCGUAUCCACACCGGCGAAAAACCAUACAGCUGCUCGCUAUGCCCAAAAACUUUCGCACGUGGUGGUCAAUUGACCCAACAUCUUGCUACACACAAUGGUGUGAAGAAGCACAAAUGUGACCAGUGCACGGCAGCUUUCUCCUGUGCGGCUAAUCUGAAGAUGCAUCUUAAAAGCCACAUGGAUAUUCGUGACUAUACGUGCCAUAUCUGUGGCCGCGGAUUCUAUAGGCCAGAUGCUUUGAAAAAACAUCUGCUUUGCUAUCAUGCCAACCUGAAGGCAUUUCACUGCAGCAUUUGCAACAAAAUGUUUAAGGGCCAUUUACCACAGCACAUGCGAACGCAUCUAAAGGUUCGUCCUCACGGUUGUGCUGUAUGCGGUUCGGUGUUCUCCCAACGAUCGCAGUUGAUCGUUCACCAGCGAAUUCAUAGCGGUGAACGUCCCUAUCGUUGCCAGGUUUGCUGGCAGGCGUUUGCACACUCAAGUGUGCUGAAGCUGCACAUCCGUAAACACACAGGCGAAAAACCGUUUGAAUGUCCGCUUUGUUCAUCAAGCUUUUCGCAGCUACCACAUUUAAAGAAGCAUAUGCUGUCUAUACAUCAGCAGGACAAAUCGUACCUAUGUCAAAAGUGCAAAGAAUUUUUCAAAACCAAGAUGGAUUACCAAUUACACGUUACGGCGUGUUACAAGGAUCCGGCAGCUGUGAAGAAUCUCGACAAUAUGAUGGACCCAAUGUAUCGACCGACCGAAAACAAUGGCGUUGAUCCACCAAUGACUAUUUCUAGAAUGCGUUUUCUAGUGGCCAUUUUGCUGAAGAAAAUUUCUAAUGAGGAUCGACUGAAGGAGCUGGGCUUCGAUAAGCGAUUGAUUGACAAUGUUCUAAUUGAUUCCUUAAAAUGUGCUGGCCGAAAGGUUUGCGAUGACAAAUCGUAUGAUCCUUUGGAACGAUUGAAGCUAAACGUGCAGGAGCUUCUCGAAUGGACAGUGCCGCCCAAUUACAUGGAAGAGUUUCGUGGUGCCAAUCGUAGUACGGAGGAGUUGCUUGAGGAACUAACAAACUAAGAUCGUCUCUUCGUUCAUUGUUUUUUUUUCCGGAGAGAACUAUAUAUUUUUUUGAAUUAUUCUAUUUUCCAUGCCCCAUCUAGGCAUCAUUAUGAAAUUAUUUAGAAUUUUCCACAGCUAAAUGGAAAUUUACAUUCUUUCUUUCUUCUAACCUAUCACUGGUGGUGGGGGUUUUUUUUUUCAUAUAAUUUGUUAUUUUUUUCCUAUCGUUGCCAAUUAUUAAAAAGAGCCGUAUAGUUGUAUUAAUAAUUUCUAAAGUGUGUGGAAUUUGUAAAAUGUUGAGUAACAUACUAAUAUCUUUAACUCUUCGAACUUUCUACUAACACGAACAAAAGCAAACUAUUUGUGGGACUUAGCAAAGCAUAGUAGAACAAGAACGCACAAGCCAAAAACGUAAAAAAAAAACAAACAAACAAACCAAUGAAUGCGCACACUAACGGUGCAUAAAAGCCAUGCCAAAAAUGUAAUUUUGAUGCCAUGCAACUUCUUAUGUUUAAUUACGUUAAUUGAAUUAUUAUGUUUUGUUGAAUUAUGCAUAAGUCGCUUAAAAACUACUUGCGAAUGAAAAAAAAGCAUUUGAAAAACAUUGUAGAAAACUACACGGUUAGAGAUUUUUCCGAUGAAUUUGCAUAUCUGCCUUAACACACACACACACACACAGCUAAGUUAGGCCGCCAUUGUUAUCCUAGUCUAUUUUUUAAUGACAAUCCGUGAACGAUUCCAAUGAGAGUUUGAGUUUCGGUACGAUUGGAAACCUAUUCUUGUCAAAUGAAACUCCAAUGCUAAUUGCACUCGAGUACAAAGUCAAGUAAGGGAAGUAGGAGAUGUAUCUUAAACUACGAACUAUUAUAGAGUUGUCAUUGAUUUUCUUUGGGAUUUGUUUGUUUGUUUAUAGACGUUAUUUAACCAUGUAUGUAUGGUUCCAAGAAAAUGGAAUAUUUCAGCUGAAAACCAAAAAUGAAAAGUAAAAAAUAUGAAUGUAAUGUGUCACGAUUAUUGUUUCCUGCGGGUAGCACUCAACAACAGCUAUAGAAAUAGAGCUCAGUACUGUUAUCUUGUUCUCGUAGCUUUCCAUAGUUGUCUGCAGGAAGAAAGACCGAGUACACACAUUAGUCUGUACAAAAAGUGAAUAGAAAUCAAAAUGUAUGACCGUAGCCCAGUGUACCAAAAAAAGAAAAAGAUCAAUUUUUAUACGAUCUUCUUUUGUGUAUGACCGUAUAGUGACAGCUUCACGAUGGGCAAUUUAGUGGCCAUUCAUGCUCAUGCUCAGUCUUGAGCGGUUUCAUAUUUAAUUUGAAACGCAGUAGUUUAGUAAAUUUUAUAUCUCAUCGUUCAACUGGUGUCUAUGUGCCGAUCGUUGUCUCGUACGCCUAACCAAUGUAAAACCAAACAUGGUACCAAGAACUACCAACACAAAAGUUUACCAUCUGCGUUUCGCUAACGAAAAGUGAAACGUUUUAUCUAUAGGUAAAACAUACAGUGUAUAGUGACUUCUAGUUAAAUGUAGUAGUAUUUUGUGUGGAAUACAAAAAUAAAAACACACGUGCAGAACAUCUUAGAAUUAAUGUGAGUAACUCAAAUUUUUCGGUGGACGUUUAUUAUAACCAAUGAUAUACACUCUGCUGCUUCAAUAUAGCAGUGAAAUCUUACGUUAACUAUAUCUUAGCUCUGAGACAAAGUGUAUUAAUUGUAUGAAAAGUAAUAUACUAUGUGAAUUGUGAUGUGACCAUAAUAAAAAAUAUGCGUUUUUGAAUUUAA